AUGGCAGAGAAUGCCAUAUCGUCGGUGGCGUUGAUGUACGAGUUCUCUGGUGGCGACCGCGUAAGCGAGUCUGUACGUAGGCAACCUGUUUGAGUCUGAAAGCUCAGGAUAACAAACGAAGUGUUCCGGUGCUCGACUCUUCUUCUUCACUUAUGCAUACACCUGGAACUCAAAAUUUCGCCUUUACUCCAGACGUUUCCCGCCGUGGCAGUGAGUCUUUCGGCCUCAUGAUCUGGCGUCUUAUGGUUGCUUCCGGUCUGUGUGCUAUCCCAAUUCGAAGGGGUGUGAGAAAGCGGCUGACGGCUACUGAGAAAUUCUUCACGCACGGGAUAGCUCGCCAAAAUUUGGUACCGGUAGGAUUUUGUCUUUCGCCUCGUUUACACAGGCACUUUUUGACGAAUUUACGCGGGUAGCCGUUCACUCUAAGCACCAGUCGAAUGCAUUGUUAUUCAGCAACCAUGUCUUCCGGUUCCAUGUAGUGUAUCUCCACCCGCUUAUAUAGCACCCUAAUGCAACUGCGUUUAUGACUGAUUGGGUGGUUGCUGCUGCAGCUCAGUACUUGCGUUGCGAUUCUUGCUUUAUUGAAUACUUAGGUUUUUAGGCCACCGCAAUCUUUGCGGCAGGCGAGGAUAACAAGAAAGGCCAGCUGGUCGUUUUCCUCUUCCUCCAUCGUAAGUUGAAUGUCGGAAAAGAUGGCUUUGAGGUGUUCUUUGAAUUCCAGCGCAUGAUCCCGUUCGAUGACGACGAAGGUCUCACCCACAUACCUAGCCCAGAAUUUCGGUUUGUGGUGUUGGAAAAACAGCGACUCCACCCGUUGUAGGACCGCCUCGGCUAUGAGUCCCGCAAUCGGUACACCCAUUAGCGUGCCCUUCAACUGCUCGUAGAUUGUUUCGUCGAACGUAAAGUAUAUUUUGAGACAGAAUCCCAGGAGUUGGAGGAUUUGGGCGUGUACAAGGCGAUUCCCGUCUCAUCAUAUUUGUCUCGUAGGAGAAGUUCGAUGAUCUCGACCACUAGAUCCUGUGGAAUAGAAAUAAAAAGGGACAUGACAUCAAAAAAUGCCAUGACGUCGCUUGGCAGGAGGCAUGCCCCUUUAAGUUUCUCCAAGAACUGCGUUGACGAACUGACUGUGGUGUCUGAAAUUGCAGUCAGGAAUUUGAGGCGCUGAAACGAGUAUUGUGCCAGUCCGUAAUUUGGACUACCUUUGAGCGAGAGGAUGGGCCGGAGCGUGACACCCUCUCUGUGUAUGUUGGAAACGUCAUAGAAGCAGGCCAAGGUCGUGUCCUGGGCUGUCGCCAUGCGUCCGUCAACCAGCGAGAUUGCAUCCGAAUUCUCCAAUGCCAACACGUCGCAUUGAUUUCUCGUGACAGUGUUUUUACGCGGUUAGUUACUCAAGGGGCAUAGAACUGGAGGUCCUCCAGUAAACGUUUGGCUUUCUGAAGGUAGUCUGUCCUGUCUAAAACAACCGUGAAACGCACCUUGUCCGCAGGCACGAUGACGAUGCCUUUGUCGGCCUUAAGUCCUCUAAGCGCAGCACGUUUGACCUUGAACAGCACUUCGCACGCCUGUGAGCCAUAGAGAGAGACGACACUUGGUGUCGGUGUUGGCGUUGGUGCCUCAACAACAACGUGUUACCGAAGUGUAUCUCAUACCAGCCCCUGGUAAACAAGGAGUUGGCGGACGAGCAGUAUUUCAAUAUGGCAGAAAAGUGAUCUAAAUGCUCCUUCAAGACUGCCGCGACAGGCAGCCACUGUCAACUGGGGGAAAAUUCCGAAGAACCUCUUCCUUUUUCAUUAUAUCGUCUCGGAAUGCCUACCACUUCUACUCUACAUAUAUUAAACUCUUUAUUCUGGUGGCUUCUGUCUAUUUCUUUAAGGAAUUUGACAAGAUGAUUGUGACGCUCCGAGUGCAUAUUUUCACUGCUUUAUUGCAACAAUCCCACCUAAUCAAGAUCAGACAACGCGUUUUCCCUUAUAUAAAGUAUUCACGGCAGAGUGAACCUGGAAACGCAUCCUACCGAAGGACAGAACCAUGGGUUACAAAAUUGGGACUCCAUCCACUUGAAAGCAAAUGAAUUUUAUUGAGGUGUUACGCAUCCAAACCUUUUUAUUUUCUGAUUCGAUGUAGCACAGUCUACCCCGAAGUUGCCAAUUCUAACAGUUUUCAGUCUCUGCCUAAUUUUAAUGUUUCAAUUAUUUUUUCUCAGAUAAAAGGCUCGGUUUUGCCUCAAUAAAUUUCAUAGUCAGUUUGUAACAUGUAAGCCUCCUAAAAUGUGAAAAUGAAGUUAAAACUAGAUUAUGAAUUCGAAUUGCGGCAUGUCACAUUUACGAUUCAGAAAUGCAGGACGACGGGAGUUUGCGGGUAAAGACGCACUGGCUUCUCCGACAAGAUCAAACCAGUUUUCUGGCUAUGAAAUGACCGGGCUCAAGGCAAAAAUUGGAACAUUUUCGCCAUUCAACCGAUGCUACCUUCCGCAUAAACCCUCAUUAACAAGGAAAAAUCUGAGACCUACAAAGGAAACGCUAAUGUAAACCAACUCUAGGUUUGGACUCUUAAAACAGAUAUUGUACAAAAUAAAUGCACUCCCCUCGUUCUGCCAUUUAUACUUUAAACCUGAAUAUAAAGCGCACACAGAGCUCACACACAGUGAUAUUUACCUGCCCUUUUUGUAGAGUUGACUUAAGCAUAAUAAGUAAUUAGUACUGUGUGAUAAACCAAGAUUAAAAUGGACUUUAUUUCGCAUUUCUCACACUUUUUGAGGAUACUUACAUUGCCUCUCAUUAAAUUUAUGUCGUGUUAUUUAUUAUUACUGUAAGAAAUAUCAUUAGAGCUCUUCGCGACCGGGAAGGUUAAACUCACGUAUGUUAAUCGGAAUUCUGCAUUGGGUUUUCGAUUGGAAACGAUAGGGCUGUAAUACUGAUUAUCGUGCAGCUUAAUCCCAAGCUAUCUAUCCAACGUCAGGAUUGCGGUUUUACAUAAAUUCCUCCUUGAACGCCUUUUAAAACCGCAGUAAGUAAAAAAUGACAACUGCAGCUGUAUGACAUCUUUCCAUUGGCUGUCGAUGCUUUUAUAAAUUCAAGCAUAUUUCGUGGAAAGUAUGCACAAAAGCAUUCUUUCUUGUAUUCCCUCUGUAGAAAAUUAGGUCUUCGUUAAAUUUUAUCCCUGAACACAAGAUCUUUAUUGGCUUCAGAGUCGUUCAUAAUUAUGAGACUUUGAACAUUCAGGAAGAGCCGUUUAUAAGGACCGAAACUGACGUUUAUUAAUACUGCUCAUGAAGUAGAUAACUAGAUCAAACUUUUUGUGAGAUUUCUUCAGCCUUAUAUGAUGCCUUCCUCAUGGCAUAUGCGAAUAUAUAUCUUCCUUAAACAGAAAGCAUACAACAAAAAGCUAGUAAACUCCAGGUGUAUCUAAAACUGUGGGCCAGGUCGAAAAUUAGAAAAGGCAUUUUUAAAGCCUAAAGAUAUCCUCUCCUCAAUGAUGCAAUUGUAAGGAGCCGUAAUUUCCUACCCAAUAAGUACAGGAAAGGGAAAUAUCGUGCAUACGUUCUACAAAAUUUGGUUGAAUUUGCAGGGACAUCGACAGUCAGGGGGAAAAGGCAGUCGACCGGAAAGAGGCUCAUUCCAAAGCCACUAUCCUAAUGUGGCCGAAAUAUUCUAGAACUAUGCUGUACGAAAAUCAAUAUCUCACGAGAUAGGUCUGCCAACUUAGGCUAAUUUUGAAAGUGGGAGUUGUGCAUACUGUUCUAAUAUUCAUUUACAAGAAUGCAAUAAGCCUACGAUACAAGCUGAAAGAUGCUAACGCUGCAACAAGGAAUUUUAAUCACCUGGUAGUACUGAUGCAUGCUAUAUACUUGAAACGUUUAUCUGGAGGAAUCAUCUACUUCUCUUCUUGCCUCCAAAACUGUUUGCUUUGAAUCCAGAACCAACGCCAUGGAAAUAAGAUAGCCUUCAAAUACGCAGCCGCCAACACUGUGAUUUUUAACUCGUGGCUUUUCGAAGGGUCGGUCACUUCUCUGCUGCGUAUGUCACUUCUGUACGGUCCUGCAGGUACCUAAGCGGCGAAAUAUCCCUCGAAAUCACGUUUUCCAACGGCAACUCAUUAGAGAAUGUUGUUUAAGUGAUAAAGAAUGCGUUGGUCUUUGUGAGGGAAUUCCAUUUAAGUUUGGAUAGUUCUACCACGGCGGCGCAAGUAGUCCGACUACGUUCAAAAGAACAUCCCGGGACUCCGUACUCGGGCACGGGCAUCCCGAAAUAUAUUAGGUUUUGCUGCAUGAUAAUAAUUAUUCCAAUCCUACUCAAGUAAUCCUUUCGUAUUGAAAAUAUUUUAAUAUUUCAGAUAAUAGUUCAUGCGAUAGCGCAUCCACCGUACGUUAGUUAGAAACCGAAAUCGCCCUUAAAUGUGGACAUUUUAAGGAUUCAAAUAUUCAAAUCCAUUAAGUAGAUGUAAAUUAUAGAAGUAUAACAUGGCACGGAAUGGUAGUCGGUGGUCCUUCUUGACUUACGGGCUAUCGUCUCCUUCUAACGUCCACGCUGGAUGCUUCAGGGUUAGGGUUUAGGUCUGCGAUUAAUGGUUAGGGUUGAAGAGUUGGCUUUAGGGUUGGUGUUAGAGGCAGGGCUUGGGGUUAGUGUUAGGGUUUAGGGUUUCGGGUCUAAGGAUUAGGGCUUAGGGUUAGGGGUUGUGGUUAGGGGCAAGGGUUAUAGGUUAGGAUUACUGUUUAGGUUAAGUGGUUAGGUUUAGGGGUUAGGACAGCUAUUUCUUAACCACCCAACGUACAACUGCGCAUUCCCAAUAACUUUUCUUUUGGAUGCAACUACUUUAUCUCGUCGCCUGUACGUUCCCCGACCUCAUCUAUAAAAAGCCCUAUCACCACCGGUCCGGAUUACAGGUGGCUGAGUUUGUAUACCUGAGGUGCAAAUACAUACCCAUAUCUGACCUCGAGAAUGCUUUCAGUUCAUUAAGGUCGGCUUCAGACUGAUUAGACAUUUUCUUGAAUUUGCGUAUAACCCCAGAUUUUAAGUACCGAAUGCGCUCAAUAGUACUUUUUCUUCGUUAAAAUGACAAAUACUUUACGGUCUAAAUAUAGUGAAAUAAGUGAUUUUGCAGUCUCCUGUCAGGUAUACGGAGCAUUUAGAGGACAAAGAGCGCAUGUGCGCGUUGUGCUGAAGCUCAAAAUACUGCGGCUCCGUUCUAAUUUUUAGCUGUAUUAUGCAUAGCUUUAGAUAAUGCUCAUCUUCCGCUCCUAUUCAACUGCACGCACUUGUCAUCGCAAGCACAUCCGAUUGGUGGGAUCGGAAUAAUUGGAUUUAAAAUAAGCUGGUCUCGGUUCAACCGCAUAUGACAUAAAUACAGAAAACGAUAGUGAAUAGUCUAAAAGCUGAUAAGGGAAUCAUGAGAACUGCCGUUACCACCGCAGGGGCGUUGCUCUUUCUCUGUUUAUGCUGUCAGGCGAAAGUCGUUCUCGUCUCUCUGGAUGGAUUCCGACACGACUACAUAGAAAUGGCCAAGGAAAAGGGCCGCAAUGUCAGCGCAUUCGAAGAGAUCGCCAGGGACGGUUUCAGAGCUGAGGUCCAAAACGUCUUCAUCACCAUCACCUUCCCUACACACUAUUCCAUCGCCACGGGCAGAUACGUCGAGAACCAUGGUCUCUACAAUAACCAGUACAGAGACCCAAAAUUCAAGGAGUCCUUCUCCUACAAGAAUGCCACGCAGCAAAUGGAUCCAAAAUGGCUAGAGUACAACAACAACGAGCCCAUCUGGCUCACGAAUCAGAGGCAUGGCAGUCGCAGCUGCGUGUUCUACUGGCCCGGAAGCAAUCAACCUUACAAUGGCAAGUACCCCUUCGCAACCAGCGGUCUUUACAGCGACUAUCCAACAUUCCAGUAUCGUGUCGAUCGUCUGAUGGACUGGAUGACACAGGACGAGUUCACAUUUUGUGCUCUUUACUUCAACGAACCAGAUAAGUCCGGUCAUGCUCAUGGGCCAAACUCAACAGAGGUUCUGAAAGCAAUUGAGUUGGUCAAUGAUGGAAUCGCAUACCUGCUGCAAAAAAUCAAAUCGCAUCCCAAACUUAACGGCAAGGUAGAUCUGAUCGUCACGGCUGAUCAUGGAAUGACUUAUAUACCAGAGACUAACAGAAUCAAUCUUUAUGAGGCUGUAAAUUCGAGCCGUUAUAGAGGCAACAUCUCACCGCCCGUUGUUGGCAUGUGGCCGAGAGGGAGUAAGUAGAUCUUCAUGCGAUUUUUUCAUUUAGCAGCUUACUUCUGUCUAGAAAAUCGGUUUAAUAUCUCCAUUGUUUUUCUAAAAAUAGUAUUUGGCACAAAGACGUUGACACCGUGAUAUGCAGUUAGGUGCUUUAUAUGUCCUCUGAACUUUCAGAUGACACGGCCGACUCCCUCUACGACGAUGUGAUUAACCACAAUUUUUCGCACAUAACGGUUUAUCGGAAGGAAACUAUUCCAGAAAAGUACCACUAUGGAAGGAGCUAUCGAAUGCCGGAUAUCCUGGUGGUCGCAGAUCCCGGUUAUCUAAUAAAGGUCAAUGAGGAUUAUUUCAAGGAUCAUCGUAAGUACAGUCUUCCACUUCGUCGGAUACUAUUUUUAUGGGCGUACAUUAUAAAGUCUUCGAAUGUAAUGUUUACCCGUAUAUUUUCGUAAAUACAAACAUGAGGUGUGCGUGGAAAUAGACAACUUUUUGCAUCUGCAUUAAAUAAAAUGUCGGUUAAUUUUUGACUGUGUUUAUUCGAAAGACGCGUUUUCUUCCGAUCCACAGUAAGUCAUUUCUGAUUUGUUUGUCGCAGAUACAGGCCGUAAUAGUAUUUAAUCUCCAUGUAGAUCGAUCAUUUGGAAGAACGUGUCUUCCAGCACAAAUCUGACAAACGUUUUUUUCCUGGGAGUUAAUUUAAAUGGUCUGCAGUUAGUCAAUUCUUAGAAAGAUGGAAAUCGAAAUAACAAGUAUCUAAGACUAAUGAACGAAUACAUUUUCACUGACAUGUUGUAUUGGGAAGUGGCAGUCGUCUAUUACUCCAUCUGCAUUCCUCAUCUCAUGGGAAGACUAGUCAUAUUCAUUUGUAGCUCAAAAAGGAUGGCCAAAAGAAAAUUUCAACGUACAUUGUAAGAAGAGGGAGACGCAAUUUUAUCAGUCCUAGCUAGGUUUUGCCUAAAAAGAUUUUGAAAGCAUAUUUGCCACGGUAAUCUAAAAGAACAACCAAAGAUAAAAUAUAAAACGUCACUUAAAAGAAGCAAACCCACAGACGAAUUAAGACCAUCCUCAUUCCUUUUUUAAAUUUUAGCUCCGUUUGGAAUGCACGGCUAUGAUAAUUCCUUCCGCGAAAUGCAUCCAUUCCUUGUCGCUUCUGGACCGGGCAUCAAACAGAUGAACGAAAUUCAGACAUUCCAUCAGGUUGACAUCUAUCCCCUCAUUUGCAGUCUUCUGGGCCUGCAGAGACCAAACGUCAUCGACGGACGCAUUGACCGCGUACUUCCAUUCAUGAAUAAUCCACCCUCUAAUGAAUUUGUCCAGACCUUCAAGAAAUACGCCAAUGGAAUACUUUCCAAUUUGUGA